AGUUUAAUGAAAGACGCGGUCCUAGACAGGCAGACACAACUGAAAUAUAUAAAUAUAAAUAAUAACCGAACAGUGAAAUAAAUAGUGAACAUUUGUUUUCAAUGGUGCUAAAUUUUCGAAACAAAACACAAAAUAGCUAAGUUACAAUAGAAAAGUAUAGAAAUGUUAAAUUUGUGAGGAGCUUUGAUUCGAACAGACUCGGCGAAGGUAACAACGAUAUUUUGGACGCAAAUUGUUGUUCAGAACCCAGGUCUACACGCUCGAAGACCUAACAUAUUCUUGGGCAUCACCAAAUCCGAAUUGAGGAAGGCCUUGGAAACGACCGGUCGAUCUCUGCUCGCGUUAGAAUCAGAAUCUAAAAUCGCGUGUUUGUUUCUUUGUAACUGUCCACUUUUGAGUUUUUUUUUUAUAUCUUUAUUUAAGGAGAUUAUUCACCUAGUGAAUAUGUCACUCCAUUGUGCAACAAAAGAUAGUAACAAACAAUUAUAUAAAAAAAUAUAAAGGAAACUGUUAUCGUCUCUGAAGGCCCACCAACACUAUUUUAUAAAGUGACUUAGCCAUUUCGGAUUCCGGAAAGGCUAAUACGCAAUUUACACCUCCAACUUGUCGAAAAUCUGUAUAUAUCUACGUAUAUUUAUUUAUUUAUUGCUUAGAUGAGUGGAUGAGCUCACGGCCCACCUGGUGCUAAGUGGUUACCGGACAUGAGUUCUAAGGUCUCACUUUUAAGAGUACAAUGGCUGUCCCGCCCUUCUAACGUAUUAUUGCUUCAGAGCAGAAAUAGGUAGGGUGGUGGUACUUACCCGUGUGGACUCACAAGACGUCUUACCACCAGUAAAAAAUUGCUAGGAUAACUUCAAAAUACCACACAAUUAGAAUACAUUAAAACGGUAUAUUUAUCUCUACACGUUCCUACACACAUACCAAUGAAUCUUAGUCUUUAAAGCUAGUCCAUAAAGAUUAUGGUAAGACGCGUGUUCUAUUAUACCUACAUAUUUAAAAACAAAUCUUUACCUAUGCAAGUCUUGUGAAUAUCUGUAUGUUUGUAUGUUCGGGCAUGACCCAGAACUUAAUGGAUAUGAGGAAUAUUGUGGAAUAUAUAUUCUUAAUGCCUUUGUAGGCAGACGAGCAUACGACCCACCUGAUGGGAGAUAGUUACUCAUAGAUAUCGGCAGUGCCAAGCUACUCCUGAGGACUCUGCUCCUGUUUAAAGAGGGUCAUGUCAAAACCCUGGAGGGGUUUGAGUUCAGGGUUGGAUGGUGCGUGGUAAAAAGAAUCCCUGUAAACGCACUAUAGAUAAUCGCAGUGGUUCCAGGUAAAUAAUGUUAUGCAGCGGCUUGGCUCUGCCCUUGGCAUUGCUGACCAUGAGCGACAGUGACCACUUACCUAUAGGUGGGCCGUAUUCUCGGCUGCCUACAAAGGCAAUAUAUUUUUUUUAAAUGGGUAUCACUAAAUCAGCUUAAAGCUGAAACAUGUUUUAUUAUGUUGGUCUACAAUUACGCAUAAUCACGACAAUCACACGCAUUAGUGCGUCUAAAAUCACAAAUAUACCCUAACCAUAUCUUUUGUAAAAGCCACAAUAAAAUAAUUUAAAACUUAAAUCUCAUUUGCACUUAUAAACUUAAAACAUCAUUUACAGCUUAAACCCCGAAAUAAUGUUGUUACGCGAUGCGAGACAAUAUUUAAUCAAAGUCUUGACAUAACAACUUGAUUUUCUUUGCUUAUCUCCAUCAUAUCAUAACAUGCAAGCUAUCGUUAUUUAAAUUUGCACAACUCAACACUCAAUUUAGCAUUCGUUCCAUAAAGUUGUCGUGAAUGACAUGUUAGAGUGUCAAAGAAAAUAUCUGGAGGAAAAGUGGUAAAGAAUAGGCAAAUUGGGGAGACUGGACGUUUCAAGAGCGUAUUCAGCAUGUCUGAUCAACCAGAAGAAAAAGUUCACUUGGAUGAGGUCUUGGGUCAGCUAGGAGCCUUCGGGAAACAUCAGCUGCUGACUAUGGUGAUGCUGUCCCUGGUCUACGCCACUAAUUCUAUGUACAACGUCAACUACGUGUUUGCUGUCGAAGAUGUUGGUUACAGGUGCAAAAUCCCUGAAUGCGACGCCUCCAAUCCAAAAUACUUGACACCGUGGAUGGAAACAAACAGUCUACAAGUAGGAGACACUGUCAAAGAGUGCCGGAAAUAUCCUAUUAACGACUGCAUGCACCUUAAUAUGAGCAGCGACACUGAAUGCGACGAAUGGAUUUAUGAAAACCCAAGAAGUUUCAUUGCGGAGGUUAGCUCUAUUUACCUACAUCCAAUAUUUGUCGAGGGCCGUAUCUGUUCAUUCAACAAGACUGUGCGCUCGUUCAAUCUGGCGUGCGAAGACUGGAAGCAGACAUUAGUCGGAACUGUCCAUUGUUUCGGGAGCAUGAUCGGUCAACUAGUCCAGGGUCAAUUAUCUGACAGGUUUGGUAGAAAAACGGCAGCAGUAUUCGCUGGAACUAUGGGAGCUGUUCUAGGUAUCAGCAAGAGUUUCUCCACUUCCUUCUGGAUCUACAUAGUUUUAGAAGGACUAGAAGCGGCUAUCGGAGAUGCGCUUUCGCCCAUGUUCAUGUUGAGUGUCGAGUUAGUAGAAAAGAAACGAGCCGUCCUCUACCAAAUGGUGCUCCUCAACUGUUAUACUUUAGGGCAAAUUGUGAUGCCGUUCAUAGCCUGGGCCGUACCAUACUGGCGACACUUCCUCCGAGUAAUCUACGCUCCUACGCUCAUCAUCUUGACAUAUGCGUUUUUCUUGGACGAAAGCAUCCGUUGGCUGGUCAGUAAAGGCAAAAACGAGAGAGCUACACAGCUUAUCACGAAAGCAGCAAAAAGGAACGGUGUAAAAAUUGAUAAAGCAAUGUUAAGUAAACUGGAAUAUAUUGAUGAAGACAAAAAAAACAUUACUGACAAAAAAGCGCUUUUAAAAACUUUCAAAUCCAGAAUUAUGAUGCAGAGGUUUAUGGUGUGCAUGGUGUGGUGGUUCACGAUGACACUGAUCAAUUAUGGCAUGAUGAUCAGCUCUGUGUUCAUAGAUGGAAACAAAUACAUCAACUUCGCACUGUUGAUGCUAAUGGACAUUCCGGCCAAUGUCUUCUAUUGGUUGGCGCUUUCUAAAUACAAGAGGAAGAUACCUUUGAUGGCAUCAUUUUUGAUUGGAGGCAUUUUUUGUGUUUCACAGCCUUUUGUGCCUAAAGGAUAUGCAUGGGUAGGCCUAUGUCUGUUCAUGGCCUUUGAAAUGCUGGCCACCUUUUCUUACAACAUAGUGUAUAUGUAUACUUCAGAACUGUUUCCUACUUACACCAGGAACUCUGUUCAUUCAAUUUGCUCGGCUUUUGGAAGAGUUGGAUCUUUGGUGGCGCCGCAAACCCCACUUCUUAUGUCCUACUGGUCUGGUCUACCAAGUCUACUUUUUGGUAUAACCUCACUAGUAGCUGGUUCUCUCACCAUCUUCAUGCCGGAAACGGCCAACAUUGAACUGCCUGAUACCGUGGAAGAAGCCGAAAAGAUCGGGCAUAAAACCAAAGAGAGAAUAGUAGAUCAAGCGUUAUUGAGGAUAGAAGAAAAAGAUACAAAAAAUAGUACAAAAGCAGAAUGUUAGACAAAUGAAACUGAAGAUUAAUGUUAACUUCAGUUGAAAUAUUGAUUGAAUGCAAGUUGAAAGCAUUUAAAAUCAACAUAAAUUACUACUUAAUUAAUUAUAAGUAGCAUACAUUCCAUAAAAAAAAAUUCUGAUAAUAAUUUAGACAAAUAGAUUUGCAUGCAGCAGAGAUGCGAAUGUUGCGAUGGAUGUGUGGAGGAACGAGAAUGGAUAGAAUACGGAAUGAAUAUGUUAGAGGAAGUCUGAAAGUGGCACCUGUGACAGAGUAGCUGAGGAGUGCACGUUUGGGAUGGUAUGGACAUGUGAUGAGACGAAAUGAAAAUGAGGUUGUUAAACUAUGAAUGUGGAAGGAUUUAGAGGAAGAGGUAGACCUAAGAAGAAAUGGAUGGAUUGUGUGAAAGACGAUAUGGGUAGGAGGGGAGUGAGCGAAGAAAUGGUAUAUGAUAGAAGAGUAUGGAAAGAGAAAACAUGUUGCGCCGACCCCAGGUGACUGGGAGAAGGGCAGGAUAAUGAUGAAUUUAGACAAAUAAAGUUUCUCGGAAGUAUAGCAUAUUAAUAAAUGCAAAAUUGUGUAAUCGAAAUGUUUUUAAACCCAAUACAUUUGUUAGCUUCCAAUUGAUUACGAAUUACUGAUAAUUUACUGAUUUUGGCGAGCCUUUAAAUUUUGGCAUAUUUUUUACUAAUUCGAGCAAUACAGAAAAAGCCAAAUAAGCUACACCCAUUGAAGAUCCCGGAACCCCAGGAGAACGGGCACCACACAGGAAAAUGCUUCUGUCCUGAAUCCACAUUUAUCCAAAUUAUACAAAGCAUGCAGAGCGUGCACCAAUUAUGCAGGCCAAACUUGGUUCUAAAUGUGACGUAGUAUUGGUACCGAAAACCGGUUAAUAAGGAGCCAAAUCUUUAGAAGAAUCCAAUCAGAAUAAUAGUUGAAGUUCUCUUCAUAUCAUAUAAAAACAGCUCUGCCCUGCUUAGUCUGAAUGUUGAAGCAGCCCUGAAUAUCCGAGUGGAUGCAUCCAUAUCACGAUAUAGAAGGAGAUUUCUAGACCACAAUUUUCAAAGACACUGAUGCUGCUGUGAACAGCUACAUAUCCAGAUGCAUUUUGAAUGCAGAAAAGUGUAAACAUCAACCGUACAAUAAAAAUGUUCUCAGACAUA